GCUUUGUUCCCACUCUUUAUAUUAUGAAACAAACAAAUGCUGGUGCUUCCGCGUCGAAAAAGAUUCGAAUGACAAUGGCUUGUGAAAGAUGCAGAUCUAAAAAAGUCAAAUGUGAUUUUUCUCAUCCCCAUUGUGAACGCUGUCAACAGGCAAAAGCACAAUGCUCUUACGAUGGUAGUGCUACACAAGUAGAUCUGUUUAACCUUGUUAAAUUAAAUAACACGGUGGACAUUUUACAAAAACGAGUACAAUCUAUCGAAACCGAUAUUAAAGAAGUUUGCAGUAAUACAGAAUAUGUUGCCAAUGAAGUCAGAAUGAAUAGCAGUACAAUAAAAAAUGAUGACAAUAAGAAGCAGGAGGAUACUCGUUCAAUCAUCCGAACAUCACCACCUCCCACGAAUAUCAUGAACGACUUGAUGAACACUUCAAAUGCACAAUGGCAACUAUCACUUACACCAAAGGGACUUCGAAUAGAUACCAAUAUUGUUUCUUUACAUGCCUUGUAUGAUAUCCUGCUAUCUGGAGUUUCUCGGUUUGAUUUAUCUGGUAAUCACUGCAUGCAUGACCACAAUAUAGAAAAUUCAUCACAAUCAUCAUCUAGUACAACGACAGACAACUCUAGGCCAGACACGGCUACGAUAUUAAAAAAGAAGCCAUUGUGGAAGUCCAGACUGAAAACAUUCCCUCUUUACAGCAGUUGGGAAUCUGAAAAUAAACAUCCACAGGCAGAAUCAAAGGCAGACAUCAUUUAUAAUGAGGAAACCAUGCGUCAACUGGUGGAAAUAUUUUGUGAAUGCUUUUUAUGUUUACCUUGCCCAGACCCCAACUAUUCUAUAUACUCCCGUUACAAAAGUGGUACAUUAGAUCCUUUACUAGCGAAUGCGGUUUUUGCUUGGACUGCAAGGCAUGCUGCAAUCUAUCAUGAUCUAUUUCCCGGGAAGGACCCAAAUCAAGUCGGAAAACCUUUCUUUUCAAAGGCGAAAGAUUUGAUGAAAGAGAGGUUUAUGCAGACAAGUAUUGAUACCAUGCAUAGCUUGAUUAUUAUGUACAUAUAUGCCAUUGGUAUUCCCAGCGAACACAAGGCGGAGGUUGAAUCGGAAGCUUACAUAUAUCUAGGUUUGGCAAUUCGCAUGUGCUUAGAUUUAAAGAUGCAUCAAGAAUCAAAAAGUGAUAACCCAUAUGAACAAGAACAACACCGCCGAUAUUUCUGGGUGGUUUACUUUCUUGAGACGCUUGGUUCUAUUCAUUCGGAUAAACCUUUCUCACUACCGCCAAAGAACAUGGUGACUGUUGGUUUUCCCACAAUUUUAGAACAUGAAUCAUCAGGGGAAACAAAAUACCGUGUGGAGUUUAUGAUACAGCGCUUUAAAAUCACACGUAUCUAUCGUAAUAUUAUCUACAAGACAGCGGAGGAAAAACCACUUUUAAGUCAGAUAUCUGCUAUAGACAAGGAACUCGACAAUUGGUAUACAGCGUUACCUUCUUACUUAAAAUAUGAAGCGGGUGAUCUACACAAAAGGGAAUGGAACUCAACUUCUUUCAAGGAACAAUCAUGUAUAAAGCUAAACUUUGAAUAUAAUUUCCAGCUGUGUCAGCUGUAUGGACUAUUUUUUAGCAAAGCAUCAACGGAUCAACCCUCUACAAUUGAUGUGUUAUCCAGGGAUGUAUGUCUAAAAGCAGCACGUAACACAGUUGAAUUGCUCGAGUGCUGGGUUCAAUUAAAGCAACGUUGGUGUCAUUUUUCUUUGGAAAACCUGAUGAUCACCACAAUUGUAUAUGGGAGUAUUCUGUCCCAGCCAAAUGAUCCGGAACAUAAAAUUGCGAAAAGAAAUCUGGAAAAAAUGGCAAAAAUACUCUUAUCUGCCCCUGUAAGACACCAUAAGUACGUGCUUACUCUUGUUAACAGAAUAAAGGCUAUAUUCUUGGAAACAUUGCAAACAAAAUUGGUUAUUGAACAAGAAGAACAAGAACCUGUUUUUCCUGUUGGUAUGUCCUCAGGCACUAUUGAUAAUACCGUGCAACCUAUUAUAUCUACAAACCAAUUCGUGCAACGAAAUACAAUCUAUAAUGUUCUGGAUGUGCCAUCUGCCUCUUCUGCUUAUGAUAUUCAUAAAACCGAUUCCUUUUCUGACGAAAUGCACUUUUCGGAUUUCGUCUAUACACCCACUUUACUGGACUAUGAAACAGCAAACAUGUUGUCGGCAAGUUCCUAUGGUAAAAAACCGGAUUAUGCGGCUUCUUCUCCCUAUAGAUACUCUUCUCCGCAAUAUUACAGCUACGACACACCAAACACAAAUAAUUCCCUCACACCACCCUUUCAUUCUCCUUGGAUUCCCACCGUUCCACCAGUCAUGCUAAAUCAUCCAGUCGAGGACCGUCCUCCUCCAUUCUCAAGAUUGCCGUUUGAUAAAUCAGCUCCUCCUCCCAAGGAACUACAAUAUGAAAAUGAUGGUACCUUCAGUUCCACUGAACCGCCUUAUUAUAGCAAUCUUAAUUUGAAUUCGGAGAAGUGAAAAAUUACUUUCGGAUAGACAUCAAAAAUGUGUACAGACAAAUAAAUAUAGUCAUGAUAAAAUACGCAUUAUUAAAUUACAUGACAUGAACGUUCUUCUCUCAAGGAAUCCCUUUUUAUUAAUCCAAUUGACAGCCUGUAUAUAUCCCCUAUUCAGCCACCAGCUAUCUGUAUCUGAACAACAUCAGUGUGCUGAUUCAACUACAAUCCUCCGUUUAUCACAAUAAGCAUGCCUGUAGAUAAGAGGUAGACGCAAAACUUUAAGUGUUGUAUUGUGCAUUUAUAUCCGUGCUCAGUAAAUAUCCUUUGUAUCGUAGUGUUCCCUUCUUUUUCUUCUGGAAUACUCACAUUAUACCCAACAAUAAUAAUUUUAAAAAAUCUCACGGGCAUUAUUCUCGAUGCACUGUUUCAUCUUGGCAUUAAUUUUUUUAAUAAAAUCACAUCCGUGCACUGGAUAUAACAUAUUCC